UGAUUUUGCAUUUCCGGGAGGACUGUUUUGUUUACUAACAGUCCGCCUCCCUUUCAGCUCGGGUACACUGCUGUGCAUGGCUGUGCACAGCUUAGACAUUCACAUCAGUGUGAUUACAGUGAAUCACACACAUCCUGCCCCCUAGUAAAACACUCCCAGCACACGCACACAGUUAACCCUUUGAUUGCCCCUUAUGUUAACACCUUCCUGCCCAGUGCCAUUAGUACAGUGUCAGUUCUUUUUUUUAGUACUAAUCACUGUAUUGCUGUCACUGGGGAUGUCAGUGACACCAAGUCACUUCCUCCAGUAUCAGAAUGCCCACCGCAGU